AUAAGACAUCCUAUAUUUUUCCACACCCAUGCUCACAGUGCCAAACGCGACGCAGGUGUGGCCAUUGUUACUUCGUGGCUUGUUCUGACCCUGUUUGGUCUCAUGCCCAUUAUGGGUUUAAACUGUAUAGACAUGCCAAACGCAAAGUGUUUCAACCUUUUCCCUGUGCCGGUUGCUGCUCUUGCAUGCACAGUGAUUCUCCUGUUAGCCUGUGUGAUGCUGUUCACAAAUAUAAGUGUAUUCAUAGCCAUGAAAGAACGACAAAAGAGAAGGCUUGGGCAGCCAGGGGGUCAGAACAAUCCGGGACAAAACCAAGAUCAGCCUAACGAUGCAGCAGAAAGAAAAUACCAACAAAGUGUGCACAAAGCCAGGACUGUUAUGAUUCAGGUAGUAGCGGCUUUUAUCUUUUGGCUGUUCCCCCUAAUACUCAUCCCAGUGUGCCAUAUGGCUGUGGAUAACUGUCCAAUUCCAACCAGGAGCACUGGAGUACCUUUGGUGACACCAUUGCUGGUAGUUUUAAACUCGGCGAUCAACCCAGUUGCAAGUAUCAUCCGCACACCGGACUUACGACAGAGUCUCCGUCAAGAUGCUAUAGCUAUCUAUCGAACAUUUGUCACCAUGGUACGGGGGAACCGCGUGAAUCCACUGGACGAACAAACUCCCUAG